AUGGAGGACUAGCAGCCCGACAGCCUGGAGGGCUGGGCGCCGGUCCGGGAGGGCCUCUUCGCCGAUCCCCAGAGGCACCGGUUGCGCUUCCUGGUGGCUUGGAACGGCGCGGAGGGCAAGUUUGCUGUGACUUGUCACGACCGCACCGCGCAGCAGCCGCGGCGGCGCGAAGGGGCCCAGCUGGGGCUGGAGCACAAGCCCGAGGCCGCCGUGUCCCCGCCCAUCUGGGCCGGCCGGCUCUCGGCCGCGGGGUUCCGCGGCGCGCGCCGGCAGCUAGCGGCGCUGUGGCCGCCUCUGGAACACUGCUUCCCACGGCUGCCGCCGGAGCUGGACGUGGGCGGCGGCGGGGCCUGAGGUCUGGGGCUCGGGCGGUGGGCGCUGCUCUGGCCGGCGCGCGCGGGCCCCGGCGAGGCGGCGCUGCAGGAGCUUUGCGGGCAGCUGGAGUGCUACCUGGGCGGCGCCACCGUGCGCGACGCUCUCUUCGCUGCUAAGGGCCGCGCGGCCGACUGCGAGAGCCUGCCUGACUUUCGGGAGCGGGCCCUGCGCGCCUGAUGGGUCGAGGCGGAUGCGCGGCUGCGUCAGGUUAUUCAAGGACACGGAAAAGCCAACACCAUGGUAGCAUUAAUGAAAGUUUACCAAGAGGAAGAUGAAGCCUACCAGGAAUUAGUUACCGUGGCAACCAUGUUCUUCCACUACUUACUGCGGCCAUUUAGGGCUAUGCGAGAAGUUGCAACUUUAUGUAAGCUUGAUAUUUUGAAGUCCUUGGAUGAGGAUGACCUAGGUCCUAGAAGGGUAGUUGCCCUGGAGAAAGAAGCUGCAGAAUGGACCAGACGGGCUGAAGAAGCUGUCGUCUCUAUUCAAGAUACCACAGUGAAUUAUUUUAAGGAGACAGUAAAAGCAUUAGCAGGAAUGCAGAAAGAAAUGGAACACGAUGUGAAGAGAUUUGGCCAGGCUGCCUGGGCCACAGCAAUUCCCAGGUUGGAAAAACUUACGCUAAUGCUAGCUCAAGAGACUCUGCAACUCAUGAGAGCGAAAGAGUUGUGUUUAAAUCACAAAAGAGCUGAAAUUCAGGGAAAGAUGGAAGAUCUUCCAGAACAAGAAAAAAAUAUAAAUGUUGUAGAUGAAUUAGAAAUACAAUUUUAUGAAAUUCAGUUAGAACUAUAUGAAGUUAAAUUUGAGAUAUUAAAAAACAAAGAAAUACUGCUUACUACACAGUUGGACUCUCUUAAAAGACUUAUAAAAGAAAAACAGGAUGAAGUUGUCUAUUACGAUCCAUGUGAAAGUCCAGAGGAACUUAGUCUGACUGUGGUGGGGCUGCAGGACGAUAAGAAUUCGGAAGUGAAAGAACUCAGAAGGCAGUGCCAGCAGCUGGAGUCUAUUAAACGGGGCAGGAUCUGUGUCAAAAGAGCUUCUCUCCAGAGUAGAAAGGAUCAGUGCAAAGAAAAUCAUUGGCUCAGAUUGCAACAGGCUGAAGAAAGCAUAAGAUAUUCUCGUCAGCAUCACAGUAUUCAGAUGAAAAGAGACAAGAUAAAAAGGAGCCAAAGAAAAAAGAAUGGAUCAACCAAGAACGUCAAACACUCCAACGAUUGAGAGCAUUUAAAGAUGUAAGUUCUAUAAGCAAUCACCUCAUCUACACUUCUGGGGAAAUAAAUGAAGACCACUCUAAAGAGGAAAGUAUUAAGAACAGGUCAUUCAGAACAUGAAACAUUUAAAAAAUAACAUUAUUUCUGGUAUAUCAAUAAAAAGCAACAACAAAAAUAGAAUAUCAGUGAUUCAAAACCCAUGAUAUAAAAUAACUGCUGUUUUUGACAUCACAACAUGCUUGGGUUCCUGCUCUGCACUCUUCACUGAGCAGUCCUUACUGGCACUGGUGGUUUAGAUUGGCAGGGAAAACUGAAAACUGUUCAACUCCCUUGACUUUAGCUGGCAUUUCCUCUCAUUUGUAAUAAACAAUUCUUUAAAAUGUUAUCCAGGCAGCAUUGUGAUAUAAGUGUAGUGAAAGUGCCCAGUUAAAAGUAAAAUGUGUUGUUUUUUUUUUUAUAUCUACAACUUUCUUUUUUCUUUUUUUUUUAAAGUAUAUACUUAAGAGGAUGAUGUUAUUUUUUUAUGCCCUCUGUUCCAGGCCUACAUUUAUAUUUCCUCCACAAAAUGAUCCUCAGUCUGUAAUUUUUGUUCUAUUUGACUUUAUUAUUAGAGAUAAAUUCCUUUAAUUAAAAAAAGCUACUAUGAAGAUUGAAAAAAUAAUUUUUUGCUUUUAUUUUUAAUUGACACAUAAUUGUACAUAUUUAUGAGGUAUAGUGUGAUAUUUUGAUACAGGUAUAUAAUGUGGAAUGAUCAAAUCAGGGUAAUUAGCGUAUCUAUCACCUCAAACAUUUAUCUAAAGGUAAAUAGGUUUUUUAAAAUAAUGUAAAUAGGGAGUCCGGCACAGUGGCUCAUGCCUGUAAUCCCAGCACUUUGGGAGGCUGAGGCGGGCGGAUUGCUUGAGACCAUGAAUUUGAGACCAGGCUGGGCAACAUGGUAAAACCCCAGCUCUCCUAAAAAUACAAAAACUAGCUGGGCAUGGUGGUGCAUUCCUGUAGUCCCAGCUACUUGGGAGGAAAAAUACCAAUUGUGCACAUACUUUUGUAAAAUUAUACGUAAACACUUUAUUUUUUAUGUCAUUCUAAAUAAUUUUUUGUAUGUUUCUAUUUCCAAACGUUGUUUGGUAAUAUAUAUAAAUAUGAUUGAUUUUGUUUAUUGAGUUUGCAUAUAACCACAUUACUAAACUCGCAUAUUGAGCAUUUUAAUAGGUUAUUUUGAAUACUUUUACAUAGACUGUUGUCUGAAAAUAGAAACAGGUUUAUUUCUUCCUUUCUGAUGUGGAUGUCACUGAUUUUUUUUCCUACAUUACUGAUCUGGCUAGGACUAUCAGUAUACAGUUGAAUAUAAGUGGUAAAAGAGCUGACCUCUUGCCUUGGAUCCAGUUUUUAAAUCAGUUGGAGAGUCGCCAUUAAGUGUAAUUUAGUGGUAAUUUUGUUUGUUUUUUUUUUGUUUGUUUUGUAGAUGCCCUCUAUCAGGAUAAGUUCCCUUUUCUCAUUUUGCUGAGAGUUUUUAUAAAGAAUAGCUAUUGAAUUUUGUCAAAUGCUUUUGCUGCAUCUGCUGAAAUGACACGUUUAUUCUUCAUCUACCUAAUAAUGUUGCAAUUUAUAUCUGUUGAGCUUUGAAUGUUGAACCAGCCUUGCAUUCAUGGUAUAAAUCACUUGUUUGUAAAGUAUUGUUUUUAAAUAUUGCUAGAUUUGAUAUCUUAGUAUUGUAUUUUUAUAUUUGUCUUCAUGUGUUUUUGUUUUCUCAUAAGUGUCUGUACCCCCCUUUUUUUUUCUUUAAAGAGAAAUAAUGAGAGAGAUUGUCUCUCUUGAAGUUCUCAGUGCCUGUGCAUUGCUGCCACUACACAGCUAGUAUCAUGACAGCAGCUUCAGAACCAGAGCUGGCUUCCAGGCAAGGCUGGGUGGGGAAGAAAGAGAAAAACAAAAGAAUUAUUUCUCUAUGCCGAGACCAGCUCGGUCAGGGAGACCCUAACCUAGUGGUGCUAGAGGAAUUAAAGACAUAGACACAGAAAUAUAGAGGUGUGAAGUGGGAAAUCAGGGGUCUCACAGCCUUCAGAGCUCAGCCACGAACAGAGAUUUACCCACGUAUUUAUUAAACAGCAAGCCAGUCAUUAGCAUUGUUUCUAUAGAUAUUAAAUUAACUAAAAGUAUCCCUUAUGGGAAACGAAGGGAUGGGCCGAAUUGAAGGAAUAGGUUGGGCUAGUUAACUGCAGCAGGAGCAUGUCCUUAAGGCACAGAUCGCUCAUGCUAUUGUUUGUGGCUUAAGAAUGCCUUUAAGCGGUUUUCCACCCCUGGUGGGCCAGGUGUUCCUUGCCUUCCUUGCCCUCAUUCCAGUAAACCCACAACCUUCCAGCAUGGGUGUUAGGGCCGUUAUGAACAUGUUACAGUGCUGCAGAGAUUUUAUUUAUGGCCAGUUUAUGGCCAGAUUUUGGGGGGCUUGCUCCCAACACUGUACAUAUGCUCCAUCUUGCAGAGGCUUCAUUCUUGGUUCUCUAGCUAAAAACAGUAGAAAUUUUGCACACCUGGGUUAGAAAAAAAAAAUAGCCAUUAAACCCACCCCUGUUACAGGUCACUAUUGGUAUUUUGAUUUUGCUUUCAAUCCAUCUGUUAUUGUUUACUUUUAAGAGUCCUUGAUAGUUGCUUUUUAUGUCCAGAGUUUUAAUUUCAGUCAGAAAGAGAAAUAGGCCUUGGUGAGCAUGCUUUGUCUUGGUGCCAGAAGUCUAUACUCAAAUAUUUUUAAAAUAAUUUUUAGUUGAAUAACAAGUUAGACCUGUGCUUAGCUUUCUCAUUGUUUUCCUAAAAAUAGAAGAAAAGGUUUUAAAUACUUUAACCAUGAAAUAAUUUAAAGCAGGUUUAAAAUAAACUCCUUCAUUUUGCCUGUUCUAUUACUCUGUUCUCACACUGCUAAUAAAGACAUACCCAAGACUGGUAAUUUAUAAAGUAAAUAGGUUUAAUUGACUCACAGUUCCACAUGGCUGGGGAGGCCUCCCAAUCAUGGCAGAAGGUGAAUGAGGAGCAAAGUCACAUCUUACAUGGUGGCAGGCAAGAGAGAGAGCGUGUGUGCAGGGGAAUUUCCCUUUAUAAAACCGUCCAAUCUCAUGAGACUUAUUCACUCUCAUGGGAGCAGCAUGAGAAAGACUCACCUCCGUGAUUCCGUUACCUCCCACUGUGUCCCUGCCACAACAUGUGGGAAUUGUGGGAGCUAAAAAUCAAGAUGAGAUUUGGGUAGGAACACAGUCAAACCAUAUCUCCUAUAUACAUUCACACUAGCAUUUUAGUUUUAGAACUAGUUCUAUGUUACUAUCUGAAUUAAUUUUUCCACAAUUUUGUAAGGAAAAAUAAUGCCUUCUUUGAAUUUCAUGUGUAAAUGAUAUUUUUAGUUUUGUGUCAUUUUGUCCAAUAAAUUCUGAAAAUCU